AUGUCUUUUAAGUUAACCGUGGCUGGAAAGUCGGCUACUAUUCCGUAUCCAACCUUGAUUGCUGUAUUCUUUGUCAACUCCAGUGACAAUGAAGUUUCAAUUCCUGUUGAGUUUGUCGAUGAAAAAUCAAUCGACAAGGAGUUCUCAAUUAAAUUGGUAACACCUAGUGGUGAAACAUUUGUUGAUCAGUUGGACGCUUUGGACUAUUUAGCCCAAACCUUCCCACAAGUUCUUUUGGAAAAAUCGAAAUCGCAAGAGUGGAUCAAGCUUGCUUUGGAGAAAUUUUACACCAAAAAUUUUAAAGAUUUAGCCACUGACUUGGAGAAACUUGAUGCUCAUUUGAACUUUAGAUCUUACAUUGUUGGGUACCAAGUCACUUUAGCUGACAUUGCCUUGUGGGGUGUGUUGAGAGCCAACCCUAUUAUGGGAUCUGUCCUCAAGAGUGAAACUUACGUCAAUGUCUCAAGAUGGUACAAUUUCUUGGCACAAAGCGACAACAGAUUCGAUAAAUCGGCCGAAUUGCUCACCAACUCUUUGAAUGAGUUGAAAAAGGCGGCCAAAACCGCAAAAACCUCCGCCGGUGGUAAAAAGGAAACCCACAAGGCCAGUUUUGAAAUCGAUUUACCAGGUGCAGAGAUCGGAAAAGUUGUUACUCGUUUCCCACCGGAACCAUCAGGAUACUUGCACAUUGGACAUGCCAAAGCAGCCAUUUUGAAUGAAUAUUUUGCCCAUGCAUACAAGGGUAAGUUGAUUAUCAGAUUCGACGAUACCAACCCCACCAAGGAAAAAGUCGAAUUCCAGGACUCAAUCAUUGAAGAUUUGGAGCUUUUGGGAAUUAAAGGUGACAGAAUCACUUACUCGUCUGAUUACUUCCAAGAUAUGUACGAGUUGGCCGUGAAAUUGAUCAAGGAUGGGAAAGCUUAUUGUGAUGAUACUCCAUCUGAGAAAAUGAGAGAAGAAAGAAUGGUUGGCGAUGCAUCAGCCAGAAGAGAGAGAUCUAUCGAAGAGAACUUGCAUAUUUUCACCGUGGAGAUGAAGAAUGGUACUGAGGAAGGUUUAAAGAACUGUUUGAGGGCCAAGAUUGACUACAAAGCAUUAAAUAAGGCAUUAAGGGAUCCUGUUAUUUACAGAUGCAACUUGACCCCCCACCAUAGAACAAGGACUGAAUGGAAAAUGUACCCAAUUUACGAUUUCUGUGUACCUGUUGUUGAUUCGAUUGAGGGCGUGACCCACUCAUUGAGAACUAAUGAGUACAGAGACCGUAACCCUCAAUACGAAUGGAUCCAAAAGGCUUUGAAUUUGCGUCCAGUCGCUAUUUGGGAUUUCGGAAGAGUCAAUUUUGUUAGAACCUUGUUGUCAAAGAGAAAAUUGCAGUGGUUUGUUGACAAAAACUAUGUUUCCAACUGGGAUGACCCAAGAUUUCCAACCGUUAGAGGUGUGAGAAGAAGGGGUAUGACUGUUGAAGGGUUGAGAAACUUUAUCAUGGCCCAAGGUCCUUCCAAGAACAUCAUCAAUUUGGAUUGGUCAGUUAUCUGGGCAUUGAACAAGAAAGUCAUUGACCCUGUUGCUCCAAGAUUCACUGCCGUUGAGGCAGAGAAUGCUGUGCCAGUCAAAUUACUCAACGGGCCAUCAGAGCCAUACUCUGAAUCAAAACCAAAACACAAAAAGAACCCGGAUGUAGGUACCAAGUCCGUCAUCUUUGCCGAUCAAGUACUUAUUGACCAAGCCGAUGCUGAUUUAUCAGAGGGUGAGGAGGUAACCUUCAUGGACUGGGGUAACGUCAUCGUUUCCAAAGUCGUCAAAGAAGGUGACAUUGUCAAGUCUGUCGAAGCCAACUUGCACUUGGAAGGUGAUUUCCGUAAAACAUCCAAGAAAUUGACUUGGUUGGCUGAUACCAAGGAUAAGAUUGAUGUUGACUUGGUUGAUUUCGAUCAUUUGAUCACAAAGGACAAGUUGGAAGAGGAAGACAACUUUGAAGACUUUAUCACCCCGGAAACCGAGUUCCACAGCAAAGCCAUUGCCGAUUUGAAUGUUGCCAAGUUGCAUGCCGGUGAUAUCAUCCAAUUUGAAAGAAAGGGUUACUACAGAGUUGAUGUUCCAUACGAGGAAGGAAAGCCAGCUGUUUUGUUUAGCAUUCCAGAUGGGAAAACUGUUUCGAGAUAUGGUGCCAAAAAAGUAAGCGCUUAG